AUGAGGUUAACAGCACUGUGCGUAUGUGGGACCCUGCUGGCCUUUUUGAGCCUCUCUUGGACCACAGCAGACUCUGGUGAAGGAGACCUCCUGGGGGCUAAGGGAUUUGGGCCCUGCACUGCAACUCUGCAAAUUGAGGGGCUGUGCAGAGAGGGGCAGGAUGAGAACACAUGCCCCUACCUCUUCAGUCUGCCACCGCUGACUGUUCAUUUGCCAAAGCAGCUCGGAGAGCUGGAGAAGAUCAUGACGGAUCUGCAGAAGCUGAAGGACAAUGUGGAUCAACUGAGGAAGAUGUGUGCAGAUUGUACACCUAAAUCUAACCAAGUCUCAACACUUGGACAAAAGCUUACACUUGAUCAUAUUAAUAUACCCCCGAGAGACUGCUCAGACCACCUGCUCCGAGGAGAAACAAAAAGCGGAGUGUACCAAGUGACCCCUGACAUCCGUAGCAAAGCCUUCCCAGUGUUCUGUGACAUGGAGCUGGGUGGAGGAGGAUGGACCCUCGUGCAGCGCCGUCUGGACGGCAGCGUGAGCUUCAACCGCACCUGGGCUGAGUACCGAUCAGGCUUCGGGGAGCUGGACGGAGGAGAGUUUUGGCUGGGUAACAAUAUGAUCCACCUGCUGACCCGGGACAGGGACAUGGUGCUGCGGGUGGAGCUGGAGGAUUUUGACGCAGUGAUGGAGUAUGCAGAGUACGAGCAGUUCAAGGUGGCAAGUGAGCGUCUGCGCUACAGGCUGACAGUAGGAGGUUACUCUGGUACCGCGGGUGAUGCUCUCCGCUUCAGCAAAACUUAUGAUCACAACAACAGGCCGUUCACCACCCCGGACAGGGACAACGACCGCUAUCCUUCCGGGAACUGCGGGGCCUACUACAGCUCCGGCUGGUGGUUUGAUGCCUGCAUGGCUGCAAACCUCAACGGGAGAUACUACGUGGGAACGUACACUGGAGUCCGGGAUGGGAUUUUCUGGGGGACGUGGCAUAAUAUAUCGACAGAGUAUUACCCCACCAGUGACAGACGGUCUUUUAAAACUGUCAGGAUGAUGAUCAGACCAAAAGGCUUUGCACCAUGAGCUGCGAGUCUGUCUGGGCAUGUUUGAAAACAAAAUAAACACAAAGGGUGUAACUGCUAACUCAAACCAUAAGCUCCUGAGGUGCCCCUUUCAGUUUUAAUAAAACCUAUCAUAAUCUCCACACAGUUGUUGUUCACCAUUUACACAAUACUGCCGCCUUGUGGUGGCUGAUUUUGCAAUAGCCUACUGGUUUGUAUACAAGUUAAUGACAAUAACUGAGGAUGUA